AUGAUUGUCGUAUCGAUCGAAGAGUCUGUCCAAGACGUGGUACUAGAGGGCUGGGAAGACACAUGGGUAGCAAAGGCUCGCUACCAAGGCCCUCAUCUCCCAGAACCAAAGAUCGAUUUUGUUUACAACUGGGUCAAUGGUUCUCAACCAGAGUUGAUUGCGACUAUGCGUCCGUACGACAUCAACUCAUCCCUCAAUGACGAAGAGGGUAUAUGGCUUGCUGUCGAGCUGUACGCCGGCACUUUCUUGAAUCGAGUUCAGAUUCUCGUCAACGCGUACGAAAAGAGUCCAACCGACGGCAGUGCAGUGGGGAAAAUGGGCAAACAAAGCCCAUACUGGUUGAGGGGAGAUGCCCACCAGGUCCAGGUGCUGUCCCAAGAAGAAUUUUUUGGUCCAGAGGAAAGAAAAUGCUUGCCCACGUUCGACUCUUUGACCAUCGAGAAUCAGCUCUACAACACCAAAUCUGAUACCGGCCGGCUAUUUGCCCUCUCCGAUGACAUGAUCCUUGGCAAACCACACUCCGCAUCCGAUUUGUACUCGCCACUCUUUGGGCCGACUCUUGGCUUCAAGGACAAUACGUAUAAUACUUUGAGUCCGCCUACCGAAAAAGAUGCCGAGAGAUUUGGAGAGAAGCCGUUCUUGAUCUAUAUAUCUUGGCUCCUCAACCGCCGCUUUGGUGCACGUAAACGCAAAGGCCAGGUACAUUUUGGCCACUCCCUGUCCCAGGUUGUUAUGCGAGAGGCCAUUACCAGUUUCCCUGGACCAGCUUUUCGUAGUGCAGCACAGCGGUUUCGCGGGGAAACAGACUUCCAGAUUUAUUCCUGGAACAUCGCCUUCCACUACGCUGUAGAGCGGCACCGCGAGGCUCUGCUCUAUACUGCAGGUAGGCACGCGGGAACAAGAAAAACGCCGACUCCGGGAGCUCCGCGCCCCAACUAA